AUGAAGGGAAGUUGGGGCAAACACGCGGCUGGUAUUCAGCAGCUGCGGUGGGUGCCGCCGAUGGGGCACCUGCUCUUUGCUGCAGACCUCAAGGGCGAGGUGCGGCUCUACGAGGCCAUGGCGUCACGCCGGUGCAUCGCCAACUUCAUGGCCCACACGCAGCCGGUGAAGUCGCUGGAGGUGACUCCCGAUGCGGCCACCAUGUCGACCGGCUCCGUUGACGGCACCGUCGCGAUGUGGGACGUGGAGCUCGGCGUGUGCCGCGGCGUGCUGACGAACGCGGAGGGGCUGCCGUGCGUGCAGCACCUGCACCACCCGUUCGACGCGUCGUCGCUUGUUCUCGCAGCGCUUGACCGAAAGGUGGUGCUGUACGACGUGCGUGCGAGCCAGAGCAAGUACCAACGCGAGUACACCGGGCACAUGGGCACCAUCUUUAACCUCACGCUGCUGUGCGGCGGGCGGAAGCUGCUCACAACAGCGGAGGACAAAACGCUGCGCACGUGGGACUUCCGCGUGCCGGUGCAGAUCAAGCAGAUCGCGGAUGUCUCGAUGCACGCCAUCACGCAUGUGGUGCGGCACCCGACGGAGGACAUGCUGGUUGCACAGUCACUCAACAACCAGGCGCUUGUGUUCGCCGACGGCGGAGGUGGGCAGGUGCGACUGCUGCGCCACCGCGUGUUCGGCGGGCACACCAUCUCCGGCACGCGCUGCCAACUCGCCUUCAGUCCCGACGGGCGCUACUUGUCGAGCGGCGACAUCCACGGCAAGCUGUUCAUCUGGUCGUGGGCAACGGCAGAGCUGGUGCGCUCCUUCGCCGCGCACACGCAGAUGCUCACGUCGCACCGCUGGCACCCGGUGGAGCCCUCGCGCAUCGUCACAUCCGCGUGGGACGGAACAAUUAAGAACUGGAGUUGA